UCACAACAAAAGCUCUUCACUCCAAGAAAUCAAACAUUUUUUUCAACUCGGAAGAAGUACACCAUUUGACUGUCGGUUUGAUUCCGCUCGUUUCGCAUGAUUCAUUUACUUGCAGGACAAUGGAGGAAAUAUGCAGAGUUUGCAUGGCCAAGUCUGGAGCAAUCACAAACAUUUUUGAUGAGACACAAAAUUGGGACACUUGCAUUGCUGACAUGAUAGCGGAGUGCACCGGCUACGAGGUUAGCCGAGGCGAUUUACUGCCAGAAAACAUAUGUCCGCCUUGCCUUGAGGAUGCUGUGAAUGCAUUCAAUCUUAUAAAAACGUGUGAGCAGAGCCAUUAACUUUAUUUUCCAGUGAUGGAAGAGCAUCGAGAAGAAGACAUCUGGGAUAAUCUGGGAGACGGGGAUUGGGAACCGUCAUAUAGCGAAAGUGGGCAAACCGAGGCAAAGAUCCAUGGUGAUAAGGAUGUCGAUCAUCUCUUCAAAUGUACUCUUUGUCCAAAGAGGUAUACGCAAAAAUCGAAUCUAAAUAGACACAUAAAAUUGCACACGGCUAACCGACCGUAUCAAUGCUCCCACUGCUCAAAGUACUUUAUAUAUAAGUCCAAUCUGGAAUCACACAACCGUAUUCACACAGAUGACCGACCAUACCACUGCUCUUACUGCUCGAAGUCAUUUCAUCAAAAUGGCCAACUCAGCGACCACAUCCGUACUCAUACGGGUGAACGACCGUAUAAGUGUUCUCACUGUUCGAAGUCUUUUUCGUGCUCUGGAUCUAUCCGGAUACACAACCGUACGCACACCGGUGAGCGACCCUACCAGUGCUCUCACUGCUCAGUGGCUUUUGCACAAAAAUACGGUCUUGAAAGACACAUCCGUUUGCACACGGAUGAACGACCCUUCCAAUGCUCUCGCUGCUCGAAGUCAUUUAUAACAAAAUCGAAUCUUGAAAUACACACCCGCACGCAUACGAGUGGACGACUUUACAAAUGCGCCGACUGUUUGGAAACAUACCAAACAAAAUCCCAUCUGAGCGAACAUCUCCGUACGCAUACGGGCGAUAGGCCAUUUCGUUGUUCUCACUGUUCGAAAUCAUUUAAACAAAAUGACGAACUCAAAAAACACAUCCGCACUCACACAAAGGAGAGCGACCGUUUCAGUGCUCUUUCUGCUCGAAGUCAUUUUAAAAAAAAUGCCAAGUCAGCGAACACCUCCGUACUCACACGGGGGAGCGACCAUUCAAGUGUUCUCACUGCCCGAAGUCUUUUUCGUACUCUGGAUCUCUCUGGGUUCACAUCCGUACGCAUACAGGUGAUCGACCCUACCAAUGCCCUCACUGCUCAAAGUCAUUUAUAACAAAAAAUACACUUGAAAGACACAUCCGCACGCACAUGAGUGAAGGACCCUACAAAUGCUCCGACUGUUCGAAGUUAUAUCAUACAAAAUCCCAUCUGAGCGAACACAUCCGUACACACACAGAGGAGCGACCCUAUAAAUGUACCCACUGUUCGAAGUUAUUUAAACAUAGCCAAU